AUGGCAAACGCAGCGGAUAGUCAGCCUUUCUUCGAGCAACAUGCUCGCAAGAUCGGGAUGGAGCAGCAACUCUUGGACAAAUUCAUAGCUGGAGGGGUCAAGACGGUGUCCAUGGCAGCCUAUGCCGCCACUCAACCGGGUCAACCUCUCACAGACAGGGAGGUCUCCACUCUAUGUACGAGUCUGGGGCAGAACAACCCCACCCUUGCACAAAUGACGGUCGUCAAGAGGCUCCUGUUCGAGUGCCAGACCAUGAGUCUGGCAAACUUGAAGGCCACCGUGGAACAGCAGCCGGACUCAGUUCUACGUAAGCUGCCAGGAGCUGAGAGAGCCCAGCGCCUGGAAUUGCAGGCUCAAAGGCUGGGCGGACUCUCGAUUGAGCAUGACUUGGAGCCCGCCUUUUCAGUCUAUGAUGCUGUGUCGACACAGGUAGAGCAAGGGUCGCUGAAAUACCUGCACCCGAGCAAGAUCCCCACGCGUCGCCAGGAAUUGGCGCAAGGCAAGCCAGCCAAGGAACUUGUGCUGGACGAUAAAUCCUUUAAAGUUGAGGCCCAGUUGGGGUCAGACAUGGCGACUUACAGGGCGCUGCAAAGAAGGGGUCUGGCCUACGACCUCGUUGGCAUUUUGAGUUUCAAGGUGCACGAGAAAUGGCUUCAGAAGGCUUCAACCAACCGUCCGACGCUGCAGCAGGUCCUGCGAGCAGAUCGGGCCUUGUGGAUGGAGCUUGGCAGCAAACAGCCGACCCUGACAAGGGCAGCGGCGAACGCGCUCGCGGACGCCCGGUGCUUAGAUCAAGUCUUCCUGGAAGCCACCAACACGGUUGCAGUCAAUUUUCACUUCAUGCCGACACCUCGUGCGGAAGGGUUCACAGAUAAAGGCGGCAAAGGCGCGGGCAAGGGCCCCAAGCGCUGGGGCGAUGGAAAAGGGUAUGGACAAUGGAAAUAUCAGAGGACCAACAAAGGGGACAAGGGCCAGGGAGGCAAAUCAGGUUUCAAGGGAGCCCGCCUCCCCACAAAGGGCAAAUUUGACAGUGGCAAGGGCGGCUUUCCGAAUAAGUCCCUCGUCUUGCAAGGAGGCAAGGGGGAGACCCCCAUGCCGGCCGCCUUGCGAGGCGGCGUGCCGAACGACGAGCACGGAGAUCCUCUUUGUUUUGGCUUCAACCUAGGUUGCUUCCGGAAGCAUCCCUUUUCUGAGCACAAGCACUCAGGCUUCCGCAUUUUCACCUCAGGCGAGUCAUCCUGGCGCGCAGAGGUCUGGACAGGCGGUCGGUCGGAGUGGACAACGUCCGUGUGCCGAGGACUGGCCGCCGUAUGGCUGGCGCCGCCCUGCGGCACAUCCAGCAGGGCCAGGGAAAUCCCGCUUCUGUGGGAGGACGAGCCGCGUCCUUUGCGGUCAGUGGAGUGCCCGGAAGGGCUUCCAGGCCUUGGCCCAAGUGAUGCAGAAAGGGCGGCAAAGGCUAACGAGCUUUACCGGCUCACGGCCCGAAUCUGGGACUUUUGCUGCGAAAAUGGCAUUGUGGUAAUCAUAGAGAGUGAACAGGCGAUCGUGGUCCAGUGCGACUUUUGCAUGAUGGGAGGUUCGAGAUUAAAGCGGACGGCCUUGCUGUGUAACAACGACCUCAUCACAGGCCUGGCUGUCACGUGUGAUGGAUCCCACGAGCACCUACCCUGGGAAGUGCACGAGGGAGUUCUCGCAACAAAGCUUGAGACCGCGUACCCGCACCAGUUUUGUAAGCACUUUGUUUCCCUGCUGUUGCAGCAUCUGUCAUCCCCGAAUUUUGCCGACGAACCAGAUGGACAGUGCCCGCCGACUCCGCAGCACUCUCCAAACUACACAGUGGUUGGGACCGGACAAGGUUUCAAGGCGCCAGGAGCCCCGGCGUUGAGAGUGACGCCCCUACUGUCUUCUGCGACGGACGUUCUGGUGGAGGUCCCGUGGAACCCACAGGACCCGACUGGCCGGCCACCCCCGACACCUGUGUCUCGGGGUGGACUUUCCUUGCAGGAGUUUCUCAGCAAGGUCAUGCGGCAAUACAAUGCCAAACCAGCACAGGAUCUGCCCCUCCUGAUUGAACAGGACUGCUCCCAGACCCAUUUCGAGGCCUUGGAGUCCUUCUUGCGAGGCGUCUGGGCUCGCACCGUCCUCGGCGACGCUUCGGCUAUGUAA